AGAAUCAAAAUUGAUUAUUCUGCGUUCAUAGUGUGUGGUAUCCUAAUAUACGCCCUUCUACAGAGUCGAUAAGUCCAAUUCCAACACCGCGACGUACCAGCAUCAAACGACGAGCACAAGAACAAACAGACCAAACCCGACGAUCUCCGCAGGGUCGCCGUAAACAGAAUCGCAUCUCCGUCUAUUUCCCAUUCGUUUCCCUCAACUCAGUCGCAAACGCAAACAUGAUGACGGACGACGAAGACGACGAUUUCUACGACCCUGCCGAUGCGGUACCGGUAAACCAGCAUCAGAAUGGAUCUCAUCCCGCAACAGAUUCCAGACUUCAGGACGAUGGCGAAGAGGAGGAAGUCGAGGUAGAAGAAGAUGAGGAUGACUUUAAUAUCAUCACAGAAGCGCCAGCCGAUGCCCCCCCUCCAGAAGCCCAACAUCCUCGUCACGUUAGCCUACGCGCAGAGUCCCAACGACCCUCAUCUGCAGAUUCAUCCGCGAUAUCGAAAUCAAUAACACCCACCGCUACCCCUAAAGUCGAAGCUGCCACACCGGUGUCCGUUAGUGUGAGGCCUGCGGCGCCUCAAAAGCCUGGUUCUGCCUAUCCCCCCGUUCAUGCGUCGAAUAUCGAUGUCCAUGCGAACCCCAUCCAUCCAGCGACCGGGAAGCCAAUCAUGUCAACCGAUAUGGACACCGAUUUCCCAGAGGACGAUAAGCCUUGGAGACGGCCAGGCUCCGACAUUACGGAUUAUUUCAAUUACGGGUUUGACGAGUUCACAUGGGCCAGCUAUGUAUUGAAACAACAGGAGCUACGCAAGGAGAUCGGAGAUCAGAAGAAACAAUUGGAUGAUAUGCAGGCGUUCUUGACCAUGGGGCUUCCGCCGAUGCCCGGAGGUCCCCCGCCAGGACCGGGAGCACCUCCAGGAAGCGCACCCCCUCCUAUGCCUGGCAUGCCGGGCAUGCCGGACAUGUCACAGGAGAUGAUGCAAGGCAUGCUGACAAGCAUGAUGUCGCAAGGCCUAGAUCCCUCGUCCAUGGAUCCCAUGGCAUUUAUGCAGCAUGCGCAGGCCAUGAUGGGCGGACAACCCGGCGGAGGCGGUGGACAACAAGGACAACCCGGAUUUGGUGGGCAGGGUGGUGGCCAGCCCCAGAUGGGAUAUGGAGGUGGUUUUGGUCGGGGUCGCGGGAGAAGAUGCUGUCGGUCUUGGCAUUCUGGAAAUUUCUCGCGAUCUUUCCUCCGUAACGUCAAGAACCUUGCUCCCCUCCUGGACCGCGUCCUGGUCCAGCGCGUCAAGCCCGAGGCCAAGACUGCCUCCGGUAUUUUCCUGCCCGAGAGCAGCGUCAAGGAGCAGAACGAGGCCAAGGUCCUGGCUGUCGGCCCCGGUAUCUUCGACAAGAACGGCCAGCGCCUCCCCAUGAGCGUCGCCCCCGGUGACCGUGUCUUGAUCCCUCAGUUCGGUGGCAGCGCCGUCAAGGUCGGUGAGGAGGAGUUCACUCUCUUCCGCGACCAUGAGCUCCUUGCCAAGAUCAACGAGUAAAUUGGACUAGUGAAAUGAAGUUCAGCUCCGUUGUCUUUCUGUUCACGGGUUAAGCCGAAUCACUUGUAUUAUACCUCCUACGCAAAAUCAUGAGCUUCAACCAUACAACUCCCGGGGAAAUCUAUAAUC